GACAACAGUGUAAUUGUUUUUGGCGUAGUAAAAUCGUAAUGUUUUGAGGCAUAUUUUAAAUGAAAAUGAUGUCGGACGUAGCUAAAAAGAACAAAAACGACGACAAAGUCAACAACAAUGCCACGAGUGAAGCAAAACCUUUGGAUGAGAGUGAAAUAAAGCUAAACAAUGAGCUCAAGGCUCGACUCCGAAAGUACAUCAAGAAGUUGGAUGACACUGGCACAAGCAUAACAAAAGAAGAAGGCGAUAAAAUAGAAGUCGAAACAUUCAAACAGCUUUACAAACCGAAAUUGGAAGCUGACGAAGAAUCGUACAAAAAAAUCCCGAAAUUCUACUUCAAACUUCCCCGAACCGAUGACACUUUAGCACAGAAGUUGAGAGAAGAGACCCGAGCCCAGUUUUUGCAGAAAAAAAGCAAAGAAUUGCUGGAUAAUAGCGAAUUAAAACAUCUAUGGAGUUUACUGGAGAAGUCCAACGGAAGUUAUAGUAUGUCCAAUAAUGACGAGCUGAUGAUCGACUAUUUUCAGUUCAAGAAGAUCAGGGAUGAGGCUGGACCUAAAUAUAGGCCAUACUUCACCGCAGAAGUUUUUGGUCGUCUGCAAGCUGCCGAAGGGAGCAUGGGCCGCGUGCGUGGUGUGUCUCUCUUCAACUACGUCAUGCGACGCGUGUGGCUACAACAAACGAGGAUUGGGCUGUCGCUGUAUGACGUCACUGGACAGGGAUACCUUACGGAACAUGAUCUAGAGAGCUACAUAGCCGAGCUGGUUCCGUCUCUGGCAGCUCUAGACGGACUGGACUCUUCAUUCAGCUCGUUCUACGUGUGCACCGCAGCCAGGAAGUUUCUGUUCUUCCUGGACCCUCUUAGGGUGGGACGCGUUAGGAUACAGGACGUGCUGUCGUGUUCUUUCUUGGAUGAUUUGCUGGAGCUGCGCGAGGAAGACCUCCCAAUGGAGCUGCAAGAACAGAACUGGUUCAGUGCAGCGUCUGCCCUAAGAGUCUACGGCCAGUAUCUCAACCUGGACAGGGACCACAAUGGUAUGCUGAGCAUCAACGAGCUGGCUGGCUACGGGUCAGGCACGCUAACCCGCGCGUUCCUUCAACGCGUCUUCCAACAAUGUCUGACGUACGACGGGGAAAUGGACUACAAGACCUACUUAGACCUGGUGCUAGCCCUGGAAAACAGGAAACAGCCGGCAGCCCUGGCCUAUCUGUUCCGAGUGUUGGACAUCAACUCGCAGGGGUAUCUGGACGCUUUCACACUAAAUUAUUUCUUCAAGGCAAUCCAAGAGCAAAUGAUCGCCCACGGCGCCGAGCCAGUGAACUUCGACGACGUCAAAGACGAAAUCUUCGACAUGAUCCGACCGCAGCACCCUUCCCGUAUCACGCUCCAAGAUUUGGUCCGAAGCGGCCACGGGCACACAGCUGUGUCCAUACUGCUGGAAUUGCAUGGCUUCUGGGCGUAUGAGAACAGAGAGGCAUUAGCAGCGGCCGGCGACCACCAGGCCUGACGUCACGAGCUGUCGGGGGACAUCGACAACAUUGAUCGGCAUUUGGAGCAGAAUUUGAGGAAGAUUCGGCUGUAGAAAAGUGAAAUUGUAACAGUGAUAUGGACAAAAUCAGUGUGGUGUUGUCUUCUCGCUUCAAGAACUAGUAUAAAAGUGGAACGAGCAAUGUUGUGUUCCAGCAG